ACAGACGCCAUGACUUCUACCGUAGCCGGAGCAGAAAAUGGAUGAUUCCUUCUGUAGCUGAGCGGGCGUGUGUGUUUCUCUGGCGGGAGGUUUCACCUGCAUACCCCGGAAAGAAGGAGUCGAACCCGGGCAUCGGUUCACUGCGAGCAGCCGAGGAGAAACCAGCAUGAGCAGUUUGUCGCUGCUGGAGGUAGCCAAGUGCUAGCAGGCUAAUGCUAGCAGUUGCUAGGCUAGGCUAGCGCUACAAUAACAACCGGGGAAAUAAAACAAAAUACACCAGCUGUCUCCUGCGCAGCUGGAUGAAAGCGAGAGAACUCGGGGCAACGGCUGCACCUUCAGGUAUGGCCUGGGUUUGAUUCUGACGGUGCUGGUGAUGGCAGAAGGGACAGACAGUGUCGAAAUGCCCUCCUUUGACCCAAGUCCUAGUUCUGAAGCAAAAAAGAGACCUUCUUCUUCUUCUGAUGGCAGAGACGAGCCCAUGAGGAAAAUGCCUGUGUCAAAAUUUGGUUCCAGACCUCGAUUCGAGCCGGUUCACUUUGUCAGUGGUGGGAGCAGCGGAGGACCUGGCACCGACGAGAAGGAGAACGACAAGGAGCGCAGGAGGAGUGAGUCAUACGGAAUGAGACAGUGGGAACCUGAGCACUCCUCCUACGGCAGCACCAGCAGACCACAGGGCUCCUCCUCCCAGAGGUCUGCUUUUGACAGAGUGCCAUCGUACGCGUCUGACUCUUGGGGCUCCCAUAGAGAUAGAGACAGGGACAUUUCUUUAGGUGGUACGAGUGGCAUGGGUUAUGGAGGACGUGGGUCUUCUACAAACUUCAUUGCAAAAACACAGCAGGACUAUACAGCCAAGUAUGAUACCCACUCCUCUCGAAAUGCAGAGUAUUCUCAGCCCCAAAGGUAUAAUGGAUAUGGUGGAGCGGGUGGAGCAGGCAGAUCAGGAGGCUGGGAUUCAGGACGUCAGGGUUUGGGAUUCGGUUAUCAAGACCGGCCGUCAUCAAGCAGACCAUUCAGCAGAGUCUACAACAGUCCAGGCAGGAGCAGUCCGAGCACGUCUCAGCUGGGCCCUGCAUCACAGCCUCCUCCUAUAGCUCAGUCAACAUUGGAUGACAAGCAAAGGCUAAUUCAAAGUGUAGCCUCUGCGUUGGUCUUUGCUGCCAGGGACCCCGUGUAUAUGACCGGAAGUGAAUCACCAAAUUACAAUUUCAUGUUGAGCCGCAGCAUUCAGGCCUGCAAGACCAACCCAGAGUAUAUUUAUGUCAAUCUGAAGGAUAUCCCUCAGGCGGACCUACCCAAGAACAGGAAAGUACCAUCAGACGGUUAUGCCUGUGAGCUGCGAUGUCAGGGUGUGUUCCUCGCUACAGGAUACUCUGGCAGUAAAAAUGGGGCGAGAGACCGAGCGUCCGAGCAGGCUGUGAAACUCUUCCUGAAACAAGUUGAAGUUCGUGUUACACAGCGCAAAUUCAGACACUCGACUGUCAAUGACAUAGUGGUGUGCCAGAUGCACAGCCCGACUCCGCCCUUUUUACCUGCUCUCCGCAAUCCAGAGGAUAAACCAACGCCCAGCUCCAAAGGCCAAUACGAGCCGGACAAACGCAAGCACUGGACGGAGUUUGUGGUGAUGGACAAUGCCCACGACGCCAUCUGCAUUCUCAACAACUCUGCAGCUUUUAACCGCAUGAAGAUAGACUACAAGUACGACCUCCUCCCCAACACCGCUUGGCUGUGCAGUGUCUUUCUGCAGGAUGAGAUGGUUGCACAGUCAUUUGGCACAAAAAAGAGCUCCAAGCACUUAGCAGCCUCAGAGGCAGUGAGGAAACUUCGCAUGAACCAGGCACAACGAGAGCAGCAGCAGCAGCUACAACCACAGCAGCCCCAACAGUACGCCAGAGGAAACAACCCGUCAGAUUCCGCAGGACGCUUUGGGCACCAGGGCGUCAAAAAGAAGCAUCUGAGCGAGUUGGUUAUCCUGGAGAACUCGGACAAUGCUAUUUGUAUCAUCAAUGACACAGCACAAUUUAAUAAGGUGACUGCUGAUUACAAGUUCACUGUCCUUCCCGAUCAUCGCUGGAGGUGUGAGGUUUACUUAGAAGGACAGUAUGUGGCGGCAGGAAUAGGGUCCAAGAAAUUAGUGAAGCACAUUGCAGCGACCGAGGCUCUGCGGACUUUGAAACAGACGCAGGCCGUGGUCAAAUCCAACCUAAGAAAAGAGGGUCACAACGACGCCAUAUCCAGAUCCCAGAUCCUGGCUCGCUCUGGUCAGGAGGCCACAAGACAGGAGAUAAAAGAAGACAACAUCGGAAACCAGCUGCUCCGCAAGAUGGGCUGGAAAGGCGGCGGCCUGGGUCGAGAUGGCGAGGGCAUCGCGGAACCUAUCAAAGUGAAGGAGCAGUUUUCCAGAGAGGGGCUGGGUAUGGACAUGGAGAAAGCAGGAAAUCAACUGAGCAAGCGUGACAUUGAGCACAUCAUUCGUACCUACGCUGGUUCAGACCGUCAGGAUGAUCUCCGCUUCUCCACCGACCUCACCAACGACGAACGCAAACAGAUCCACCAGAUAUCUCAGAAAUACGGCCUGCGGAGCAAGUCGUACGGACAGGGGUGGCAGCGCUUCCUCAUUGUCAGUCGCAAAGUACACAAAGAUCAGCUGAUUGGUCAGCUCCUGCAGGAAGGACAGGUGGGACGAUACGAACUCGUGAAACCUCAGGCCUCUCACUAAUUUGCAUGCAAAGCAAAAUGAGGGGGGAAAAAGGCAAAAACUCAUCAUUGGCUUGGACUUCAGAGUAAAUCACAUUUAAUACAAACUGAUUCGUUCCAACUUGUGGGAAAGUUACAACACUCAUCCAGUGAGAAUCGUUCAGGUAUCACCUGUGGUUUCUGCAUUCCUUUGCCAUGUAAAGUAUCUUAGCUUUAGCAGGAGCUGUAGGAUGAACUCUGUCUUUUUUUAUCUCCUGCCAUUCCACGUCCUGUAUUUGUUUCACUUUUGCACAAGCUUGUGUUCAGUGCUUUGUGGUGUCAUGUCCCAAUGAUGCAUCAUUUAUAUCAAAAAGUGACCACGAGGUUUUUGUCACAAAUAUUUUUUUUGUUCCGUGGCUACGAAGGAACUUGGCAGAAUAUGCAGCUUUUCACUGCUCGUUUGUGGACAGUUGGGUCAUGACAAGGGUUCCAGGCAUUAUUGUCCAACAGUAGCUAGCUACUCAUACCAGUCUCACUGUAGUGAUAUUUCUUAAUCAGCAAUACCUGCAAUGUUGUUCGCUCUGUCAACAGCUGGAGACCAUCCUACAAAUAGAAACCGCAUCCAUAACAGGAGAAAACCUCCACAUGGAAACUGUAAGCUGUGAUCUAUGUUCAGAUGUGUUGGUUUGUGUGAGUACAGUUUACUUGUCUGCUUGUUUUCACAGCUGUAAAAUCUGAAUAAAUUAAAAACUGAUCAACA